UGGGGGCGGGGCCUGCUGCCGCGCCCCGCGAAGAACGGCGUCCCCGCGCGGGGUGCCUGAGUCUCCAUGGGGCUGUGCCUCCCGUGUCCCGCGGAGUCCGCACCGCCGUCCCCGAGCCCGGAAGAGAAAAGAGCAAAGCUGGCAGAGGCGGCGGAAAGAAGGCAAAAGGAGGCUGCAUCUCGGGGGAUUUUGGAUAUUCAGUCGGUGGAGGCAAAGAGGAAGAAGAAAGAACAGUUGGAAAAGCAGAUGGAAGCAUCGGGGCCACCAGCAGGUGGACUGAGAUGGACGGUGUCAUGAAGCAUGUCAUACUGCAGGAGAAUUCUGCCCCUGACUCCAGCAUCUGCAAUCGGAUGGAUUUCAGCUAAAUAGCUCCUCUUUGCAAAGAUUAAGCGUCAGACCAUAGUAUUAGUACCCUUGAGUGCAGUGCUAAAACUACUAAAAACUACUGGUAAAAUUUUUAACUUUCAGGCUUACUAAAAUGACCCAGCUUUUCCUUGUAUUUCACUUUUGCUGCACUUAUUUUCUCUUCUGCAGGAAAUAUUGUCCCAUUUUCUGUAGUUAAAAUAUGGAUCCAAAAGGUAUAUAUGCAUGGUGUGUCCUGGCCCCAUAUAUAUCUUCAGGAUUAACUUUGUGCUUAUACCUCUGCUUUGUUAGUGACUGUGCUACCUAGCCACACGGCACAGCCUGUUGCCUGCUCCGUUUCCCUGGGUAGGAAGACUUCUGCUUCCAGACCUAGUGCCUUUAAGCUGAUCAUCAGGGAAAAUCCUAAAGAUUCAUUUGAAGGAUUUCAGGUGAAGGAAGUCUUUAUUUUUAUAACCCACUAAGAGACGAAUAUUUGUAGGCAAAUGUUAACUGGUAAUUUAUUUUCUGUACCUAAGGCAUAUCAUAUUAACGUGAAUUUACAUGUCAGUAGGCCAUCAGAGUACAGUGACCUCCUGACAUUUCUACCAGAAGCAUGAAGGUCAGUGCAGUGAAAGGAUGAUGCCAGCUGAGAAUUGGGUUAAUGAUAAUGAGUGAUAAUAUAUUUGUUUAAAUAUAUAUUUAUUUAAAUUUCAUGCUGUAUUCUGUUGUAUUUAUUAAAGAGUAAUUGUAAGAUCUAUAAAGACAUGAUGUGGCCAAUGAAAUUAUGCAAUAGAAAUAUUUAAGUUUUGUACUUGGGAAGUUCAAGCAUGCAGGCUUGAUGUAAUAGUAAGACAAGAGGUGCACAGAUCGCCAUUCGUUAGACUUGAUUUAUGACAUUGUGGCUUGUUUUCUUACUGUAUAAUGAACAAAGAUGCAAAAAGCGCAAGGGUGCAAGGAUGCUACUACUGUAGAUGCUAAGACUUUAUAGUGCCAAUACCUGAACCCUGCUGUAGAAUUUUUAUAGAUUGUAAAUGCCAGUCAGGAAUCUCAGUGAAUUAGGCCAGGUCACAGGCAUAAAAGAAAACUGAGCCAUCGGCUCGCCUCCAGCAAGGUAUUUAAUAGCGUGUCACACAUGGUUUUAAAGAGUUAGAGAUGUAAUAUAGGUCUUAGGAUACCUGAAGAAUUACUUUUCUAUUGUCCAAAAUAUUUGAUAUCUAGGCAAGGCAUGUAAUUGUAUCAGCUCAAUUUUCUUCAUUUAGAGAUUAGUGAUAUUUUCUUCAUAAAUGAUAGUGAAGUCAGUGAGUUAAAUUUUAGAAAUAAUUUUUCAUUUAUCUUGGUAAUUAAUCUUUCUAACAUAGGACAUAUAUCUAAUAGCUGAAUGGAAAGAGGCAGCACACACUAGCCUUGACUACAGGAAGCCUUCAUCAAAUUAACAUAGACAUCAUAUUCUCUUCUCUUCACCUUCAAGACUUAGAAUGUGGCUUGUGCAAAGAGGAGGCUUGCUUUCAGGGGGUAGUGCUGUAUUUAUAACCAUAAGGCAUGCCUCCCUACUCUAGAGGCACAUGUGACAUACAAGUAUAUUCCUAGUUUAGGAUAAGUAGGAUGCACUGCUUUUGUCAGCUGUGAGCUGCCUCUGCCAUUCCAAAGCCAUGUGCAUGGCUAUGGCCUGCCUCAUGGAUAUGAUGAUAUGCUCAGUUUCCCUCCAAGGCCACAUAUGUCAUAGGCACUAAAUGCUGACCUGAAUCUCCUGAAUGUGAUUAAAAAGAGGAAAAUGGGAAACAGGAUGCUAAUAAAAAGCUAGGGAAUGGCUAUUAAAAAUACAUCUAAACAUUUUGCUUAGGUUAUGGAUAGUAAUGUGGAGGUGUGUUUUCUGUAGCUUACAGCUUAAAUUAAAAAAAAAAUGAUGUUGAAUGUAUCUUCCAAAUGUUAUGGUCAAAUUACUAAAACACAAGAGAAGCCAUCAAAUGCAGGAAGGUGACCAAUGUAUGCAAGCUGCAGUCUUAAUUCUAAUCCUGAAACUAAUAUGGCUUAUGAUAAAAGAGUUCCAUGUAUCAAUACAGAAGGUCUUUAUGACAAGUUACAUGUUUGGGAAUAUCUGUAAAUGGCUCUUUAAAUGUAUUGAGUUUGUAUUACAGUUAUACUUGGAAUGUGAUUUAUUAGUUUUCCAAUAUACUGUGAACCCACAUGUAAUACAUUCUGCAUUGCCUUUGGAUAUAUGAAUAUACAUAUUUCUACAAAAAAAGUUCCCCCAAGUCAUCUUUUUAAAUAAAAUGCCUCUACUCUGUCUUAAACAAA